CUUUUCUUUUAUAUAUUUAUAAGCACAACAAAAUAUGAAUAUUAACAGUAGUAACAACACCAACAAAAUCAGCAAUAGUAGUAGUAGUAGUAACAUCGAUAAUACUACUAUUUAUAAUGUUCUCCUUACUUUAAGUAAUCAACUAGCCGAGCAUAAUGACUUGCUACGUCAAUUACAAAAGCAAUUAAGUGAACAAUUUGUGUGUAAUUCAAAUCAAAAUCAUUCAUAUUCUCUUGAGCAGCAGAACGCAAUCAAUCAUAAAAAUAAAGUUGCUGAAGUCAUCGCUGAACCCAAUUGCAGAGGUCCAAGAGACCUAAAGGCUAACCUUACACUACACAAAGACCAGUACGGCCAAAAUGCUGUUCUCUCUGAUGAGCAGAUCAAUAUAAAGCGUCUUGUUUUAAGACAUUUGGCAAGGCAGAUGAGACAUAAAAUGGCCAAUGAUGGUAUUAAAGCAACUAAAUGGAGUCAAGUAGCAAAUGACGAUCAACUUUAUUACGAGUUGAAAUUGGAGGAGGAAGCUACUGAAUCAGGCAUCAAUAUAUACCGCUGUAGGCAACAAUGGUGCGCUAAGCUAUUGUUGCAAGAAACGUAUAAGACUCAUACUGAAAUUAGAAAAAGAAGACGACAACAACAAGCUGUCAGUGAUUCCAACAACCAUAAUAUGAUUAAAGAGGAACCAUCGUCACCUAAACUAUUAUAAUGGGUAUCAAAGUCUAAAUACCAUGAUACGAAAGAUAUAAAGACCAGAAAAAAAAAAAAGAGAAAAGAAAAAGUUUACAGUUUAAAUUAAUAAAGCAAGUAGUAAACUUGCAGUGUUUGAACUCAAUAUUCAUAAGUAAACCGACAGAUUAUACAAGAAGUUAGAUAUUAUUGGGUUUUUUGGCUAAAAUUGCGAGCUUCCUUCCAUUAAAUUAUAAUUAUAGCAAUGUACAUUGUUUAGUAAAUCACUUUAUGCAAAACUAGCUACUCUACUCUACUCUACUCUACUCU